AUGUUCCUUUUACGGAUCGCAGAGGCUCUUGUGACAAGUGAAGAAUCUCAUUUAGCAUUAUCCAAUGCGUAUGGAAAAGAAACUGUUGAAUGUGAGCAAAGAAUUCAUAAGUUUGAGGAGAGAUUAUCUCCAGAAAGUGAUAGGUUAUUAUCUUCACCUCAACCAACCGAUGCUACUCUUACCAGUCAACCGGUGCUUGAAGGAAGUGAAAAGUUAUCUCGAAUAUGUUUAAAUUCCUCAGUUGAUUCAUCUAUACAUAGUCCUGCAUCUUUUACUACAACAUCUGCACAAUGUAUAAAUUCUUCUAGGACUAGUCCUUAUCCACCUGCUUCUUCAAACCCGGUACAAUUUAUUGAUAAUCAUCCUUCUAAGCAGGUUCAUCAAGGAUUAUUAUAUAAUUUGCUCAUUUCUAAAGAAAAUUCUUCACAAAAUUCAGUAACCUCGAAAAAUUCACUUUCUACUUCUCCCGGUCAAUCACUUGUGGAAAAUAAUGAGAAAUCAAGUGAUUUGAGAAUAGACAGUCCACUAUCAAAUUCUCCAGUGUUAUCCUCUUCUUUCGUAACUCCUCAUCAUAUGAAUACAAGUAAUCAUUGUGUUUCGGUUAAAAACUCUACAGUGUAUUGUAAUUUACGUCAUCGAGCAAACUCUUUUGGAUGUAAACUUCCCAAUAGCCGACCAUAUACCCGACCACAUGCUUCAUCUGUUGGUGCAGCUUCCGAUUUUUAUCCUAAUCUUAAGGCUCGUGUACAACAUCGUCGUCAUUUGGAAGGAGCAAUAUCUGAUUCAAUCUUUUCAAAACCAAAAGGUACAUUGUAUCAUCGAGCACUUUCAAAGUCACAUGAAAAUGCAAUGAAUAGCUCGCAUAUUGACACUCGUUCACAAAGUUUAAGUGCUAUUCUACCUCAAAGGGUUUGGUUCAAUGGCUUACAACAAUCUCCUCAAACGUCAUCUCUGUCAAAUGAUUCUGGUUCUGAAGAGCCGAUUGAUCUCACUGGUUAUUCUAUGGUUUUGUCACCAAGUAUUACUUCAUUUUCUUUACCUUCUACUAUACCCGGUGUUUUUGAUAAACAAAAUGGAAAUUGUCCUUAUGUACAGUUAGCUAAGAAAACUGCUCGUCCGGUGCAAGCACGAAUUACCGAGUGGUUACGACAAAUCACUGAGUUUGUAGCUCUUUCCACCCCUCUUGUUUCAACUUUGAAACCUAAAUUAUGGACUUUAAAUGGUUUAUCUAAACAAGUACAUUGUUUGAAUAAGAAAAAUGAUAGUUUUCCUUGGUUAUCUUUACUUGGACAGUGUUGGCAAAAAUUGUUAGCGUUAAGUAUGGUUGAACAUUCUCUGGAUGUUGUUGUCGUUGAAGACAAAUCACAAUAUGAAGAGGAUAAAAAGUACCAGAAUCCUAUUCAACUUGAAAUUCCAUGGUCUUUACUUCCAGACAUUCAAAAAUGUGGAGUAACAAGAAAUAGGCGACCUGAUCGAAAAUUUGCUAAUGAACUCCUUCAGUCCUUAUCAGAAAUACGUCAAGCUGGUCUAAGUGCACAAGAAUUUUAUCUACUACGACAUGUCAUUCUGUUAACGGUUGAUGAGCCCGAUACUCUACCUACACUGGGUUUAAAUGUAAUUCGUGCUUCAAGGUGUAUGGAUACCAAUAGAAAUGAUCAGUCAAAUGCUGUUGCUAAUCUACUAAAAGAUGGAACUCAGGUGCCUAUUCUAUCUCGAGACAAUGUUCCACCUACUGUCACCUUUGAUUUAGCCUGCUUAGCCAGUGGACUUAAAGGUCUACAAGUUAUGUGCCCUUAUCGGAUAGCAAAUUUAUUUUGUGGUCAUUUGCGCAGCACUUCUAUUUUGAAUCAAACUUUCAUUCUUGAUAUGCAUCUAAAGUAUUUGUCAGCACUUAAAGAUUUACAUACAUUGUCUGCUUCAACACAAAUCACCGCCAAUAUCGUUGUCAAUAAUGGUAGCGGUAAUAAUGGUAAUAAUAACAGCAAUAAUAAUAAUAAUAAUGGUACGAACAACAACAACAACGACAACAAUACGAAUAAUAAACAUUCCUCGUUUGAAAAGACACCGGUAAACAGAAAAAGCAUCUUGGAACAAUUGUUUGAUAGUGCUUGAAAGCAAACAAACUUUCAAGAACUAUCAAACAAUUGUUCCAAGAUGAUUUUUCUGUUUACCGGCGUCUUUUCAAACGGGGAAUGCUUAUUAUUCGUAUUGUUGUUCUUGUUGUUGAUCGUACCAUUAUUAUUAUUCCUGUUAUUAUUACCGUUAUUACCGCUACUAUUAUUGACAACGAUAUUGGCGGUGAUUUGGGUUCAAGCAGACAAUGUAUGUAAAUCUUUAGGUGCUGACACAUACUUUAGAUGCAUAUCAAGAAUGAAGGUUUGGUUCAAAAUAGAAGUGUUCCGCAAAUGACCACAGAAUAAAUUUGCUAUCCGAUACACACAUAUGUAUAUAUAUAUACAUAUUAUACAUAUAUAUACAUAUAUAUGUUUAUAUACAUAUAUAUACUACUACUACUACUACUGCCUUAAUAUUAAAAUAUACACUCAG